AUCAAAAACCCAACAAUUCAACUUCUUCUUCUUCCUCUCUAAUAUUUCUGCAAAAUAUGGCUUAUGCUGUUUGCCAUUCACUCAUCCAAACCGUAGACCGAAUCCUGAAUCUCGACCCUCAAAAGUACCCUAUUUCCGAUGAAGGAAAGCGACAGAUAAAAGAUCUCCUCGCAUGGAUAGAAUCCAUCAAACUGUUCCUCCAAAAGUAUCCCAAGGAAGCAGCGCCUUUCGAAACAGACGUCAGCAACGCCGCCAACCAAGCCGAAGACGUGAUGGAGCACUUCAUCUACGAGCACUACCGCUGGAACCUCAAGGCCGAGAAAAUGGCCGCUGUCGGCCGCCCACGCAAUCGCACAGAGAUCCUGUACGAUUUCCGUGAGCUGGACGUAGUGAUGGAGGAAAUCUCCCCCAUCGCUAAACAGAUGGCGGAGAUCCAACAACAGCACGGCGUGCGUCCAGCAACAACAGCCUCGUCCGGCCCGGUGUCCCAGCCUGAGAUUGAUAAUGACACGGUUGGCCUGGAGGAGUAUUUGAAAAAUAUUAAAGGUUUGAUGUGCGGACAGCCGUCGUCCCAGCGGCAGAUCAUCCCCAUCACGGGGAUGGGUGGCAUUGGGAAGACGACUCUGGCUAGAACUGUUUACAAUGAAGAGGAUGUCAUCAACGAGUUUCCUGUCCGCGCCUGGAUCGUUGUGUCCCAUAAUUAUAAAGUGGAAAACAUAUUUGGGGAGCUUCUGUAUGCACUGGAGCAACAGAUUCCUGACACUCUUGUAGACAAAAGUGAGACGGUGGAAAAUAAACUGCACAGGAUUUUGACACUGAAGAAGUACCUGAUUGUGGUGGAUGAUCUGUGGAGCGCCAAGGCGUGGGACGACAUAAGGAAGGCGUUUGGCAACCCCAAUAAGUGUGACGGGAGUCGGAUUGUGAUCACCACCCGGGAUGAGAGUGUGGCUUCUCAUGUCACCGCUUCCAUUCCUCACAAGAUGAAGCUCAUGACUCCUGAGAAUAGUUGGAUUCUGCUCAAGAAAAAGGCGUUUCGAGACAGGGAGCUUGAAUCGGAUAUGGAAAAGAUCGCGUGGGAAGUUGUUGCCGGUUGUGAAGGAUUGCCACUUGCGAUCGUGCUUAUUGGAGGUAUCUUAUUAGAGGAGAAAAUGGAAGCAUGGGGUGACAUUGCAAGAGAUGUGAAAUCCGCGGUUGAGAGUACUACUGAGUUCGGAAAGAGAAUCGCGUUGAGUUACACAUAUCUACCCGUUGAUUUGAGGCCAUGUUUCUUGUACAUGGGUGGUUUUCCGGAAGAUCACGAGAUCCGGAUCUCGAAGCUUAUCAAGUUAUGGAUAGCUGAAGGAUUCGUUGGAAAUGAAAAUGAGGCUAAAGAUUACUUGUACAAGCUCGUGAGGCGAAAUCUGCCUUUGAUCACUUCUCUCAAGCCAAACGCCGAUUUCAAAAGCUGCAACAUACACGAUAUGGUCCGUGAUAUGGCCAAGUCGCAGGCUCUAGAUGAGAACUAUGAGCGCCGGCUGAGUAUUGGCCAUACGGAUCUCACGCGCCUUGCUAGAGCUUAUGCCUCAACGCUGCGGUCGUGUUUGACCUUCCAGCCUAAUGAGAGCUCAUUAGGCGGACUGCGAAAGUUCAAGUUGCUGAGGGUGCUGGAUGUGGUGGACACUGAUGCGUACUCGCUCCCAGCUCCCGUGUUCGAGCUCUUUCAUUUGAGGUACCUUGCCUUCGGGUGUCCAAUGGAGGUUCCAUACGCCAUAUCAAGGCUUCAAAAUUUGCGGGCCUUGAUAGUUCGCCCGAGCAAGAGGCUGAGGCACCACUCAAACGACAACGUGGAUCUCCCCUUGGAGAUUUGGAUGUUGCCGCUUCUGACUCAUCUCGUCUCCUUUUUCGAUCUCCUGCCAGAUCCAAAAGGAGCGGCCUCCGCUCUGAAGGAGCUGCUCACACUGAAUGUGGUGAAGAAGCUUAUAUGUACAGAACAGAUAAUGGGAUUACUUUACAAUUUGAAGAAAUUGGCAAUCACUUAUUUUGGAGAUAAAUACCCAAAUGAAGACUAUCAGCUCCACAAUCUUCAUCUCCUGACUCAACUUGAGAAGCUGACAUUAGUUGUGAAGAAAGGCUCUCUUCUUGAGAAAAAAGCAAAGCCUGUUUUCCCGAAAUCGCUGAAGAAGUUAACCUUGAGCGGUUGGCGAUUCCCUUGGGAAUAUAUGAAGGCUAUUUCUACUCUCCCCGAGCUUCAAGUGCUCAAACUGAGAGAUCAUGCCUUUGAAGGCCGUGCGUGGAGCACUAUUCAAGAAGACAGUGAUGAUGACGAUGAUGAAGAAGAAGAAGAAGAAGAACAAGAACAAGAAGAAGAAGUAGGGGAUUUGUUUGAUAAACUAGAAUAUUUGCUAAUUCAGGAAUCUGAUUUGGAGGAAUGGAAGACUAAAAAGGACCAUUUCCUAGGUCUGAAACGGCUAGUGCUCAAUCGUUGUGGUAAGCUAAAGAAGAUUCCGGAAGACAUUGGUAACAUUUUAGAACUUAAACUGAUUGAGGUUGAUCGUACGAACGAUCCUCUUCUCAAGUGUGUCCAAGGGAUCCGUGACUAUCAGAAGGAGUUCAAUGAUCGAGUCCUUCUAGUUCGACAGUUAUAAGCUUUUUAGGUGUAUUGACAAGAAGCUGAGAUAUGGCGGAUUUGAUGAUCAAGCUUUCAAAUCUAAGAAGCAUCACCAUGCGUGUUUUAUUAUGUGUAUGGUUUUAUUUAUUUAUUUAUGUUUAUGUAUUUCUUGAUUUGGACAUGAAAUGUUGGUCUGUAAAACAUUCGAAAGGUCGGUCUUGUAAUUUUCAGAUAGUGAUGCAGGGAAAUAACGAUAUAUUAUUCCAACAUUUACAGGAAUCCCAAACCCUGUUCGAUUA